AUGGAAAAGAUGCAAGUCUUGGGGUUGGCCUUGAUCCUUCUUUACAUGGUCACCACACCGGCAUAUUGCCAAUAUUAUUCUCAGACCGUGCCAUAUGAAUCCUUGCAAGAGAAAACAACCAAUCUCCACUUCUUCUUCCAUGACACACUCAGUGGCAAAAACCCUAGUGCUGUUCUUGUUGCUCGUCCUAACAUCACCAAGGAUGACAAGUCGAUAGCUCCAUUUGGCAGCAUAUUUGCCAUUGACGAUCCUCUAACGGUUGGGCCCGAACUAACAUCUGAAGUCAUUGGGAAGGCCCAAGGGCUGUAUGUAUCAUCUAGUCAAGAUGUACCAUCUCUAGUGGCAUAUUUUGAUUUUGGAUUCACUUCGGGCGAAUUUAAUGGGAGCUCCAUCAGCGUGUUUUCGAGAAAUCCAAUAGCAGAUACCGAGCGUGAGCUUGCCGUGGUUGGAGGGAGAGGAAAGUUUAGGAUGGCUAGAGGGUUUGCUCAGCUUAAGACCUACUUUUUAGACAAAACUACUGGAGAUGCCAUUGUUGAGUAUAAUGUCACUGUUAUCCAUUACUAA